AUGGCUUCCUACGGCCUUUUGGGCCAGCCAGAAGAAGAUGCCCUUCACAAGUCGCGCCUCUUGAAUGUUGAAGAAAAGCCAUUCAAGCGUAUCUCCAAGCGCCUGCUGAAUCCCGAAUCCCUGAUCGUAACGCAAGCCUCCCUCCCCCUCACUCCUCCGCCCGAAGACGCCAACGCCGACGCCAACGCGACCAUCGAAACAGAAAAACAGAAAAAGCUCAAUGAAUGGCGCCACUUCCGCGAAGAUGUCUCUCUCGACUUCGCCGCCUUCGAGGGCAGCAUCGCGCGCGUCCAAUUCCUCUUAACUAGCAACGAACAAGAACGUGAGCGCUACGCCACCGAACGAGUCCAGAUCCUAUCGACAAUGCAAUCUGUUCGGGAUAGCACCGCCGACCUUCGGACUCAGCUUGAGGAGGCACAGCGACUCCUCUCUUUGCGGAAGACCUACGAUGGACUGGCCGAUAAGAUUACCAGUAACCGCCUGCUCAAGCCGCGCGAGGACCAGCAGUCGAACCUUCACAAGUUGCGGACGGAAAUUGCAGAUCUGGAGAAGGAGAGCAAGGACUACGCCAAGACAUGGGCUGAACGGCGCGAGCAGUUCGGUCGUAUUGUCGAAGAGGGCAUGCAGCUCCGUCGUCUAAUUCGCUAUGAGAAGGAGGAGGUCGAGCGUCUGGAGGGUAUGCAGGAUGGUGAAGAUAAUGACGAGGGCGAUCUUGCGUCUAAGGGAAAAGCCAGCAAUGUGAAUACCCCCGGUGCGGACAGCGAUGCCUUGACUCCGUCGGGAAAUAGCCAGGAUGAAGGUGGCCGGCUAUCUGCGCUGCAGGCUGAAAGAUUGUCUGGUAAUACGGGCGCGGCUUCGCCUCUGCGCCAGGUCAUCAGUGCACAGGGUGAUAGCGCAGACGAUACCAAUAUGAUCGAUGAAGGCGAGGUCUCUGCGGACUCUGAGGGCGAAUUAUCGGAACUUGAGGAGGGAGAGGAACUCCCUGAUGGCAUGUACAAUGAGAAGAUGGAUACCACUUAG